AUGAAAUGCCUGGUCAUAGUUGAUGCUCAAAAUGACUUUUUACCAAAGGGGGCGUUUAACUCUAAAGAUGAGUAUAUGGAUGUUUUGCAUAAAAUAAACAGGAUAAGAUUAAAGUUAUAUAAUUGCACAGAGAAUGAUUUAAUAAAACUUGAGGAUUGCAAAUCUGUUAUGGAACAAAAUAAAAAUAAAUUAAUAAAUGAAAAUAUUGUAAAAUAUUAUAAGUGUAAUAAUGACAUAGAUGAUGAAAAUUGUAAAGAUCAAAUUUUAGUUUUUCCCUUUGAUAAAAAUAAUCAUAGUAAGAUAAAUAAUUAUAAGUUAUUAAAUGGAAAAAUAAAUGGACAAAUAUGGGAACAUAAUUCGAAGGAUGCACACAAUGAUAAAGAAAUUAAAGUAAACGGGGAUUGUAACCAUUUACCCCAUCUAAAUAAUUAUGAAAAAACAAAACCACAACUUAAUAAUUAUAUAAAUAAUUACUGCAAUAUGGACGAAAAUAAUAAUUGCAUAAAAACUGGCCCCUCAAAAAAUGCGCAUAUGACUUCGUUGAAUGGGCAUAUUAGCAAUAAAUCAUAUUUUGCUACGACCAUUUUGACUGUUGAUUACCACCCACAAUUACACAUUUCUUUCGCCGCAACACACAGAUUAAUUUAUAAAGAAAUAUCCCAAAAUUGUGUAAAAAUGAUAAAUCAUUUAAAAAUUAACGAUUAUAUAAAUGGCAAUUCUUAUAAUUCGUUACCUGUAAAUAAUAUUGAAAUAUCGAAAGAAUCGAAUAGGAUAAAUAUUGAAACAAAUGGAAUAAAAAAUGGUGAUAUAUUUUAUUAUGAAAAUAAAUGUGAAAAUCAGGAAGAAAAAUUGAUUAAUGCAAAUACUCAAUCAGAAUAUUAUGAAUAUUCCUCAUUUUUGAAAAAUUAUAAAAUUAAUACUUUAACAGAUGUAUUAAAAAAUAUUGAAAAGAUAAAAACACCUAAAUUUAUUUAUAAAGAUGUAAAUUCCAUAAAUGAUAUUAAAGAAUAUACAAAAAUUAAUUUCUUAAACGAAACAAUUGACUUAUGGCCUGUUCAUUGUAUUAGGAAUACACCAGGAAGUAAAAUACAUAAAAAUUUAAUUAGAAACAUAAAUGAUAUAAUUAUUAAAAAAGCUUACACUGAAAAUUUUGAUAGUUAUACCAUAUUUGAAAACGAUACUGUUAAUAAUGAUAUACUAAAAAUUUUAAUUGAACAGAAUAUCAAAUCUGUAUAUAUAUGUGGCUUCAUAUUUGAGUAUUGUGUUAAAGACACAGCACUAAGUUUUUUUAGACAGGGAUACGAAACAUAUAUUAUCGAAGAUGCAACAGCAAGCUUAUAUAAAAAAGAUGAAGAUAAACAAUUUUUAAAAAGCAUAGGAAUUAAAUUUGUUAAUUCAGAAACAAUGUUUCUCACAUAA